AUGAGCAUUGUUCCCAAAGAGACGAUCGAAGUUAUCGCACAGAGCAUUGGGAUCAACAUCUUGUCUCCCGAAGUCGCUCUCGCCGUCGCUCCCGAUGUCGAAUACCGCAUGCGCCAGAUUAUGCAGGAGGCAAUUAAGUGCAUGCGGCAUUCUAAGAGAACCACUCUGACAGCGGAUGAUGUUGAUGUUGCACUGAACUUGAAGAAUGUUGAACCAAUAUACGGAUUUGCAUCUGGUGGUCCUUUACGGUUCAAAAGAGCUCUUGGACACAGAGACUUGUUUUAUAUUGAUGACAAGGAUGUAGAUUUAAAAGAUGUUAUUGAAGCUUCUUUACCAAAAGCACCCCUUGAUACUGCAGUUACAUGCCACUGGCUUGCUAUUGAAGGUGUGCAACCUGCUAUUCCGGAAAAUGCUCCGGUAGAAGUAAUCUCAGCUCCUUCUGAUAUAAAAAAGCAUGAGCAGAAAGAUGAUGACCUCCCAGUUGACAUCAAAUUGCCUGUUAAGCAUGUAUUAUCCAGAGAGCUUCAGCUGUAUUUCGACAAAGUUGCUGAACUUACUUUGAGUGAGCCUGAUUCAGUUCUCUUUAAAGAAGCAUUAGUAAGUUUGGCUACUGAUUCAGGACUUCAUCCACUAGUUCCUUAUUUCACAUGCUUUAUAGCCGAUGAGUUGAUGCCAUCUGUUGUGACCUGCCUUGUUGCUAAAAGGUUGGGCAGUAGGUUGGCAGACAACCAUUGGGAACUUAGAGAUUUUACGGCUAACCUAGUUGCCUCAAUAUGCAAAAGGUUUGGACAUGUCUAUAGUAAUCUCCAGUCCCGGCUUACCAAAACACUGCUGAAUGCAUUCUUGGAUCCUAAGAAGGCAAUGACACAACACUAUGGUGCAAUUCAGGGGUUAGGAGCUCUGGGACCCAACGUGGUUCGCCUUCUUUUGCUGCCGAACCUCGAAACAUAUAUGCGACUUCUUGAACCAGAGAUGCUUCUUGAGAAGCAGAAAAAUGAAAUGAAAAGGCAUGAAGCUUGGCGAGUUUAUGGAGCCUUGCUGCGUGCUGCAGGUCAGUGUAUAUAUGAUCGACUAAAGAUAUUCCCAACUUUUCCAUCUCCUUCUCCUCAUGGUGUCUGGAAGACCAAUGCAAAAGUUCUGACAUCUUCAUCUCGUAAACGCAAGGCAAGUCCUGAGCAAUCGGAACAGCAGCCAACUUCGAAAAAAGCAGCUACGGAGGGUGAGCCUGCUGUGGUCCUAAUGAAUUCCUCACCAGUUCAUAAGCAAGAGGAGACGGUGACUCAAGCUUCUUCAGUUGAUUCAAUAAUUGGCUCAUCAUCUUCUGCACAGAUGAAAAUUGAGACUUCCUUAGAUGGCGAACUCCGAAGUAAUAGGGAUGAUACUCAGUCAUUGAAGACAUCUGCUGCUGCUCUCACCCGGGUUUGGAAGGACGAGCUUAAUUCUGGACGUAUCCUGGUAUCGCUGUUUGACUUGUUUGGUGAAGGGCUUCUUUCCUUCAUUCAGGCUCCUGAGAUGUAUAUGUUCUUGUAA